AUGUCACGCUCGAAUGUUCGACUGACAUGCAAUUUGAGGCAGCAGCCAAUACCCCAUUUCGGCGAAACUUCGCUGCCGUUUCUUUCUAAAGGUGCUGGGCAAGGUAUCUACGAAUCAUGUCAUGCUAAAGGUGUAAAAAACGUCACGAGCUUUUCGCCUCAGACAUGUGCUAACUUGGUUUGCUUUAUCUGGUUUGCAGAGACGUCUGCAUUACCACCGCUUCAGCAGUGUCCUAGUGGAGCGGACCAUUUAUGUACUGACUCUAAUUCUGCGAUAUCUUCGAACCGAGUAGGUCCGCAUUUUUUGACUGCCUUUGGUGAGCAUGCGAAUUGUUGCGAUGCUACACUACCAAGCCCGUCUCGGACGAUUCCGUCGCAAAGGUUUUCAGCCUUUGUGAACAAUAUUUUAAAGACCACACAAGUUUCAGAUUCUAUCAUAAAAUUGUCUUUGUACUAUAUUUAUUCUUUAAAAGUCCGCAACUCUGGCUUGCAUGGACAAUUGGGCAGCGAAUAUCGACUUUUCCUCACAUCGUUGAUUUUAGCCAACAAGUUUCUCGAUGAUUUCACCUACACGAACAAAACAUGGUCGGAUGUUUCUCACACUCCACUGUAUGAGAUAACAAAAAUGGAAAUGCAGCUGUUUUCUGGAAUAGGGACCAGUGCUAAUAUAAGUGCAGAGAACUUUCGGCAUUGGUGCGCUACGUUGGAUGUGCUUGUGAAACAAAGGGAUAGGGACUUUAACUUAUUACAACUAAGGGAGAACACACCCUCAGGCGCAUUUUGCUCCUCACCACCAACUACAGCUUGGUCUUCUAGCUCUUCGCCUGCCACACCCCCCGUUCUUACGCCGCAUUUUAAUCCUGUGGUGCUAAAUCAUCACGCAAUAGGUGAUCCGACUGUUGUAGCGCAGUCUUCGAAGAAACGCAAGCGGUGUCUACAAAGUGACAUAAUUGACUUAAAGGGCGUUUACCCGUCAAGACAGCGUCUGGUUGCCCCAUUAAAUGCCGAAAAUUCCGUCCAGUACAUCUCUGGCAGUACGGUGAACCAAACAACAUCGCCAGAUUUAGCAGCCCCACCAUGUUUAAACCCGGACAGUCAAAACAUUAUUUCAACAGGCUUUUUACAUGCUGGUCUCAAAAGCGAACCCCUAAAGCCACAUAUGCAUUCUCUUUCUGGUAGGUAUACUUAUGCCUCCAAGGAUUGCAUGAGGAUCAAUGGAAAUGUUGACAUAAUGUGUAUGGGCGCUCAGAAAUCGCCUCAGAUGUCGUCAGAUGCACGGAACGUUACAUUCGGGGCCACUUCAAGCAAUUCAAUGACUAUUCCAGAGCUGUACUGGAUGCCUAAUUUGUCUCCGAAUGCAUUCGAUGCCGAGAUAUCUCCGACACCUCGAAAGUUGGGAUACUACCAACUUGCAUCUGGAUACCCAUACGGAAUUCCUGCUUUCAUCACAAUGGCACCAUUUAGGAAUGUCUCGUCCUCACCUGAUCAAUCGGAGCAGAACCCAAUAUCAACGCAAAUGGGUAUGCAUACAGCUCCCGAAGCCACUCAAGCUCCUCAUGCUUUUACUAGUAUUCCUAAUGAAUUCGAUGUUCUGCACCAACUUCAACGAUGUCCAUCUUUAUCUGUCCAUCCUAUCAAGAUGCGUUCUGUUCAAACUGCUUGGGGCACUUGA